GAUAUAAAAACGAACACUCUGGCCUCGGCCUCAGGUCACCAGAAUUCAGGAGGACGGGAAUCGAGAGGCAGGUGAUAGAGUCAGACAUUUAUUUACAGUCGUCAUGGCUUUUGCUGUGCAAAUUAGGCAACAGCUUCAGGCCCUGGUAUCAUCAGGAGGAUCUCACAAAGACCACGACAAGUAUCGAGCUGUUCUGGAUUCCAUUCUCAAAGUUGGCAAUGAUAAUGAUAUGGCAGAUGGGUUACAGGCUUUUAUUGAAGCAAUUGUGAAAGAAACAGUAAGCCUGGUUAUAUCACGUCAGCUCCUCUCAGAUGUAUCUGCACACCUAACAUCAAUGUCAGAUCGAGUUGCUAAAACAGUUGCUCAUUACAUCCUUGAUAAAGUACAACCCAGGGUCAUUAGUUUUGAGGAACAGGUAGCAAGCAUUAGACAACAUCUUGCAGACAUAUAUGAAAGGGAGAACUCCUGGAGAGAUGCUGCAGCUGUUCUUACUGGAAUACCACUAGAAACAGGACAAAAGCAGUACAGUGUAGACUAUAAAUUGGAGACCUACCUCAAAAUUGCUCGACUUUAUCUUGAAGAUGAUGAUCCAGUUCAAGGAGAAGCUUAUAUCAAUCGUGCUAGUAUUUUGCAGGCUGAAUCCAAGAAUGAGCAAUUACAAAUAUAUUAUAAAGUUUGCUAUGCUCGUGUCCUUGAUUAUCGAAGAAAGUUCAUUGAGGCUGCCCAGCGAUAUAAUGAGCUCUCUUAUAGGCCCAUUAUUCAUGAGGAUGAAAGAAUAGAAGCAUUGAAAAAAGCCUUAAUAUGUACUGUUUUAGCUUCAGCUGGUCAACAGAGAUCAAGAAUGCUUGGCACACUUUUCAAGGAUGAGCGUUGUCAGCAGUUGCCCUGCUACCACAUCUUAGAGAAAAUGCAUUUGGAUCGUAUUAUUCGUCAUAGUGAAUUAACGGAAUUUCAGAACAUGUUGCAGACCCACCAGCAAGCCACAACCUCAGAUGGUUCAACCAUUUUAGACAGAGCUGUAACUGAGCACAACUUACUGGCUGCCAGCAAAUUAUAUAACAACAUAACAUUCACAGAGCUGGGAGCACUCUUACAGAUUUCUCCUGCAAAAGCUGAAAAGAUAGCAAGUCAGAUGAUCACAGAAGGCAGAAUGAAUGGUUAUAUUGAUCAGAUUGAUGGCAUUCUUCAUUUUGAAGCCAGAGAUGUUUUACCACAGUGGGAUAAACAAAUUCAGUCUCUUUGCUUCCAAGUUAAUGGAAUUAUUGAAAAGAUCAACUUGGCUCAUCCAGAGUGGGUUGCAAAGAUCAUGGAUGAACAGAUGGUUCAGUAAAGUUCUGUAUAUUUGCCAUGAUUUAUUAUUAAAUUGCAUAUUAUCUUUUCAUUUCAGAAGCCCAUAGUCCUUUAAUAAAGAAAAUAAUGAUUGCAAACAGUUAAACAUUACUUUUGAAUUAGUGUUACUGAGUUUAUUUGUUGCAAAGAUAAUCUGAUAAAUUGAAGGUACAUGUAAAACUCUUGCCUUAAUAAAAUCUUAAAAAUCAAUUAACUUUCCUUGUAUCUUUCAUUGUGAGGGAAGCUGCAAGAUUGCAUUCAAGUGACUUCAGUAUGACAAAGCAGUUUUUAGUUUCCCUAAAAAUCCAUUUAUAAAUUAUUGUAAAGUGAUCAAA